GCUCACCGCCACCCCCGGCUCGGCCCGGCCCCCCGAGCGGCCGCGGAGACUGCGCAGCGCGGGAGGCGGGAUCCGCACGGGCAGAGCUCGCCAGGCGAGGGCUCCGACGUGCCGGGCUGGCCGCGCUCUGGAACGCCGGUCCUGCCGCGAAACGCCACGCCGGCGCGCCCGGGGAGAGAACGGCGUCUGGGACACGCGCGGCGGAGCGUUCGCCGGCCGGAAACACGUCGGAAUGAGUUACGCAGAGAAGCCUGACGAAAUCUCGAAAGACGAGUGGCUGGAGAAACUCAAUAACUUGCACGUGCAGCGCGCGGACAUGAACCGCCUCAUCAUGAACUACCUGGUGACAGAGGGUUUUAAGGAAGCUGCAGAGAAGUUUCGAAUGGAAUCUGGGAUUGAACCUAGUGUGGACCUAGAAACACUGGACGAGCGGAUCAAGAUCCGUGAGAUGAUCCUGAAAGGCCAGAUCCAGGAGGCCAUCGCACUGAUCAACAGCCUCCACCCCGAGCUGCUGGACACGAACCGGUACCUGUACUUUCACCUGCAGCAACAGCACCUCAUAGAGCUGAUCCGCCAGCGGGAGACCGAGGCGGCGCUGGAGUUCGCGCAGACCCAGCUGGCGGAGCAGGGCGAGGAGAGCAGGGAGUGCUUGACAGAGAUGGAGCGCACGCUGGCCCUGCUGGCCUUCGAUAACCCCGAGGAGUCGCCGUUUGGAGACCUGCUUCAUAUGAUGCAGAGGCAGAAGGUGUGGAGCGAGGUUAACCAAGCUGUCCUAGAUUAUGAAAAUCGUGAGUCAACGCCCAAGCUGGCAAAAUUACUGAAACUCCUCCUUUGGGCUCAGAAUGAGCUGGACCAGAAGAAAGUCAAAUAUCCCAAAAUGACAGACCUCAGCAAAGGUGUGAUCGAGGAGCCCAAGUAGAGUGCGCCAGUGGCCCCGUGCUCCCACGGCCCGGACUCCUCGGAGCAGCCAUCUGUGACUGAGACAUUUGUACCGCAGUAGAGAACUCUUCCCCUUCCCCUCCCUUCCUUGCUUCCUUUCUUUCUUUCUCUUUCUUUC